GAAGUGUUGCUUGUUUGUCUUGUACGAAUGGCUCAACAACAGUACAACUGUAAAAGCAUGGUUCGUGAAAGAGUUAGGUUAAGUCAAGUUUGACCCCGAAUUUCUUCCUUUUAUCGUCUCACAAUGCCUUGAAGCUUCUUGAUCCUACUAAUGGGUCGCUUAAAGAAGUAAUGUAAGGCUUGACUGGUACAAUUUGCUUAGAAUCGCUGCCGUAAUGCGAAGUUUUCCGGCGGGCUUCAUAAGAUCGGGAAGAUGUUUACGGAGUUCAAAGUUUAGGGCAAAACCGAGUGGCAAGAGGUCUUUCCUCCGAUAGAAUACCAAGUAAUGCUUAUUCAGACCCAUAGUAAAGACUACUAUGCCGUCUUUUAGGCAAAGGCUUCGUGAGACAUUUAGAAAGACAGAUAAUGCUGAACCCAUUCCAAAUCAAGGAAGUACCGCUGUAGAAUCGGACCACCCAAGUUUGAGAUCUGGAAAUGAUUUAGACCAAUCUAGGAGAAGUUCAUCUUUCAAUGAAUCCAGAUCCAUUGAUGAGACAUUUUCCGAAGAGUUCCACUUCAUCGUCGAUUAUAUUGGCUCAGCGAAUAUAUCAGAAGCGCAGUCUGUGCAACUACUUCUGGAGACUAUAAAACGCGUGAAAAAACAACAACUUCGAACGAUCCGCGUUGAUUUUGUUAUUCGAGAAGGGAUGUUAAAAGUCAACAGCGUUGAUACAAACGGCUCGAUCCUUACGGCCCCACUCUAUGCCGUCGCCCAGUGUGCACAGGAGCAAGUGAGAGGAUUUGAUCAUUGCUACGGGCUGAAUAUAACACGGAAAAGUAACCAUAUGUGCCAUGUAUUCCAGGCGGGAUCGCAUCUAGAGGCUGGGAGCAUAGUGCGUUCUGUUGCCCUUUCCUUCAAAAUGAUUGGACGCAUGUUGAGAGAGAAGCGUGAAAAGCAGCGGCAGGCUCGUUCCACCUCUGUUAGCAGCUCUGACAGAACGCGAACAAACUCUGAAGUUAGUACAUCAACUAUUGAAGAAGCCCUGCGUGAAACUCGUCGGCGACAAUCCUUGCUUCGUCAUACUGGUGACCGCGACAGUAGUCUCGGUUCUGGUGGUAGAAAGUCGCCACACUCAUACAAGCAUUCUAGGAGCUUCUCUAAAAGUUCUACCAGCCCUUCCAUACUAAGGCACCCUCUUUGCAUCCACCCUUCAAGUAGACAUGUUGAGUUUUCAGCUUUAUCUCCGGUCCCAUCAGACAGUAGUGACAACGAAGGGAGGUCUUCUGUGAAGUAUAGUCUCCCAGAAGUCGUAGAAGCACAUGAAACAAGACCAGAGUCUAUACAGGUCGAAGUUGAAGUCUAUUCCUCUCCCAAGCCCACAGUGCAACCAGAAUGCCUAGAAGAAAAACUUGGAGCAAUCGCUUUAGAGGACAAAAAAGACAUGGAAUCACCCAUGCCUGAUGUAGAUUCUAUUGCUGGUGUCAAUAAUCCAUCUGAUAUAGUACCUCCUGAAAAGCCCAUAGAGGCCCCUUCUACUCCAAAGGAAAAAGACCCUGCAUCAGUGAGAUUACCAGAAACAAGUAUUCAAUCGUCAAGCAUUCCAGUAGAAUCAGAGCCUCUAAGUGAAGAAGAAAAAGCUUUCCAGAUAGCUGUUGAUGCCAUUGCAAGUGGGGACAUCGCUGGGCUGGAAAUGAUACUGGAUGAGGGGCUUUUCAUUGAUGCUAGUGACCACAUGCAAAGGAGUCUGAUCUAUCAUGCUGUCACAUUUGGGCAAGCUGACAUUGUUCAGUUUCUUUUGAAAAGGGGAGCAGAGGUGAAUUGGGAGGGGCCAGAGGAUCGAACACCACUUCAUGUUGCAGCAGCAGAAGGAAACAGAACAAUCACUCAGAUGUUGCUGGCAUUUGGGGCUAAUGUACGAGCCAAGGAUAGUGCUUUUUGUACCCCAUUGCAUCUGUCUGUUGGCAAGUUACAGAACCUGGAGGUAUCCCAUCUUCUGGUUGAGCAUGGUGCAAGGAUUCUUGAAAACAACAUCCAGGGUGUGAGGCCUGUUGACCUGGAAAUGCAAUUGAAAGAGAUGCAGCGCCUGCUUGUCCAGUCAGCUUGUGAGGCGUUCUACUCAACCGACCUCUCCAAAUCACGCUCCAACUCUGGGACUUCUUCCUGCGCCCAUGCACCUCAUGCAGCCAGCAUUCGCUCCCCCAGGGUGUGUCCGUCUGACUCCCUUCGCCGAGGAUACAGGUCAUCCAGCUUGUGUUCCUUAUCCAGGGGCUUGGUGAGAGCAAGCCCCGAAACAAUAAAGGGUGUCGGCUCACUGCGACGAUCUGAGAGUAUACACAUGUCACGGACACUAAGCCCACUGCUCGCUCGUGGAAAACGAAGUGGACUCAGAAGGUCACAGAGUUUUCAGAAGUAUCCCAGGGACCUUAAAUUUGAACAGGAAUUGCGAGAAAGAAUGGAAGUCAACAUGAAAAGCAAACAGGAUGAAAAUGAUGAAGCUCUUGAGACAAAAGAACCUGAAAGUGAGACCACUGCAAAACAGUCUGUUUUUGAGGUUCCUCCACUUCACAUGUCAAGACAAAGGUCAAAUAGUGACCUGGCUCGCUACACUUCUGUGAAAAUACCAGCUGAGGAAAGAAAAGAAAUUAAAAUGGAGCUAGAGAAGUUUGUUGAUAGCUUGGCAGAUGAACCACCUAUGAGAGUGAGCUUGAAAGAAUUUCCUGACACUCCUGAUUCCACAACUCAUCGGCCUCCAUCCCCGUCUUCAUUACUCUUGGAGGGGCCUCAACGACCAAGAAACCACAGGCAGCACAGUACAGAAUCAGAGACGUCUGCUGGUGCUCCGAGAAGCGCAUCUGAAUGCGAGGACAGCUCUUUUCUAAGCACUGGUUCCCACUACAGCAAGGAAGAUGAACAUGUGAUAGAAUCUCUGAAGUCUGUUGUGUUAUUAUCUGGAAAUCCUGAAUGCCAUGAGAGUCUCCUUGCUUACCUGUGUCUACCAAAAGCAACUGCACAGUUUGUCUGCCUGUCUCACAUGCCUGGGAUGUUACCGACUGUUGCUGAAAAUAUUGCAGUGCUCAUAGGAAACUUGUUUAAUCUUGAGGGACCUGAGAGUCGAAAAAGAUCUGUUGAAGCUGGCCUUAUCAAGACAGUCCUGAAAUUAGUAGAUGGUGCUGAGCCAAUUCAGAACACCUGCCUAUCAAUUCUUCAUAACAUUCUGGACUAUGAUAAUGACCGCGAGUACUCAACUGCCUUGAAAAAUGUACCUCUGGAGCCACUUCUCAACUUGCUACAUUGCAACGACACAGAUAGUGGUGCCUUUGAUGUGCGCAACUCUGAAUCACCUCCUCCUUACCCUUCUGCUGAAAGAGGGCGUAGGUGUAAGACAAGCACUUGUAGUCGAGACUCUCAUGAUGAACGAGAAGCUCGGCACAGGAUUCGCGAACCCUCACCUGUCUGUGGCGGUAGUGUGCAAAGGAACAACUCUGGCAGCUCUGAAGUUUGGGCGGAAAGGCGAAGGAUGUUUCAGAAAAGGAAUAGCAUUUCUAGCAUGGCGAGCUCUGUGGAGGGAGACCAGAAUUACUCUGUCUUUAGCCCUGCUUACAGCCAUGGUCACCUCCCAUGGUCUAGCUUUGGUCCAGACAUGCAUACCAAGAACCCCAAACUGGUAGCAACCAAGAUGCUUGCAGCUACAAGCAUGAACCCUAAGAUACAAAAGGAGCUUGGCAAAUCAAGGCCUCUGUCCUUGCUCUUAGAGACCCUCCUUGAUCUUAACCAGGAUAUUGUACUCCACACAGUGGCAGCACUGGCAAAUGUGGCUAUGGACCUUGAAAAUCAUUUACAGAUUGAGACCUCUGGUGCCGUUGAAGCGUUUAAACGACUGUUACUUCACCACGAGAAGAGAAUUUCGUACCAUGCUGCCAGAGGGCUGGUCUACCUUGGAGGGGUGGAUGUUGGGGAUGUAUACCUGUUCAAUCAAAUCUCUGGUGAUGACAAGCUGGACGUUAUAUUUGCGGACAUUAAUGAUGCUGAAGGAACAGGGACAGGAGCCUUAUUUGUAAGGGGAGCAACUGUUGAGAAAAUAGUGGAGAUUGUCACCAAAAAUCCAUCCAUUCUAUGGGGAGGAACAAGGCUGUCCAGCUCGCCUAAAGGUUAUAGGGCAUCAGAGAGAAAGGUCAAUGGCAAUGGCAGUCCUUUUGGCAAACAGCUUGUCACAGAGGACCAGAUUAUGGACUUUAUCCUCACCAUGCAGAAGAGCUUUGUGCAUGGAGUCAUUCUGAUGAGGCUUCUGAUACAUAGGUUUAGGAAUCCUUUUUUCAAAAAGUACUUUGAUGGAGACCCAUCGACUGGACAAAUACAGCAGAACGACCCUCUUCCAGUUGUUCACAUACAGCUGAUGAGGCUGUGGAAGAUGUGGCUAGAGCGUUACCCGGAAGCUUUUGUGGAAAAUCCUCUAAUUGCUAAUGAACUAAGUACAUUGCUUCUUCCUAUGAGGAGAGCUGGAGGCCCCUACUUGCCUUGUGCAGAAAGCUUAGAGCACUAUCUAACCUCUAUUGUGGACAUGAACCCAGUGAAGAGAACUCUUGAGUCGUCCCAUGAGAACCACUGCCACCACUCUAUCCUCUAUGAACAGUGCCAGAAGGCAGUGGUGGGAGGGGGAUUGCCAUGUCAUGUUGAGGACGCCAUCUACCUGUCUGCUUUACAACUCUACAUCGAGGACAUGUCUCCUCCUAGUGCAGAAACCAGAGGCCGCCUAGAGGGCUGGUUUCUCCAAGGAACUGGCUCUGAAAAGCUUUCAGCAUCAAGACUGAAGCAGGCUGUGCACCCAUCAUUUUAUAAGGUCAAGAACAUAGCAAAGAGAAUUCGAGGUCAGCGCGAGCAUUUUCAGAACGAAGGUUUGAGUGAGCGAAAUGCCAAGCAUAACUAUAUUGACUGUUGUCAAGCGAUGCCUGGAUAUGGCUGCAGAUUCUUCCAACUAAAGGAAUGUCUUGGGACUAUUAGCAGGAACUCCGGGCAUGUGGACAGGCUGUUUGGAAUAAGUCCAAAGAAGGUCGUCCUGUUAGAUGAACGGACAAAGGGAGUUGUGGGUAACUGGCAGUUUAACGACGUCAAGAGGUGGAAGCUAGUCGCUGGAGACACAAGGUUAAGGGUAGAGCUUGUCAACAUGGCGUUUGAGUUCACCAUGGAAAACAAGAGUACAUUCAAAGAGAUUUCAGAUCUCUUGUUCUACUCCACAAGAUCGAACUUCCAGACACUGAGAGAACAUGACUUCUCGCCAUGGAGUAAAUAUGCUGAAGAGACAGAGACCUGGGGAGAAGUUGCACUUGCAGCACAGACCAGUCAUGGUCUACCACAACCUCGGGAUGACGAUUCCCCCCUUGGGGACCCCUCACGGAUGCGUGCUGUCUCAUGCGUCGCCUCCUCAGUGCCUGGCCCCAGGCCCUUUCAGAGAGGAACAUCCCUUGUUGAGCAGUUAUCGACUUCAGCACCCUACCAGCAAUGUGCCAUGGGAUCUUUGCCAAUGGCACCUCAGCCAACCCGCAUGGCCCCUGUCUUGGCUGCUACUGCUGGAGGAUCAUCCCUAAUUGCAGGAUCUUCAGUACAAAGUAGUAAAUUCGGUUCCCCUUCCACCAUCCACUCCUCAGAGGAGCACCUCCUCGGCUCAUAUCAGUCGUCGUGUUCUUCAUCUCUACGGAACCCAUCAGCCGCCUCUAAAUGGUCAUGGGAUCUGAGCACAGCUCACCCUGACAUGUCUCUGAGGACAAGGCAUCCAUCAAGAUCCAGUGAAGACAGCAUCGAAAACUCGCCCACCGAACUACAUCCCCUGGAUCCAAGCACAAGUCCCAACAAGCCAUCAAGAAGACAACGCUUUCACUCAUCCGAUAGUACCUCAUCUCUAGGAAGCCCACAGGAAUCACACGCUCUCCCCACAGGACAAAGUCCCACCCGACCCCACAGUGGAUUGCUUUGGCCUGAGCCAGACUAUGAAACAGAGAAUACCAACCGAAUGUUUGGACUAAGUCCUAAGGGACAGCUCCUGAACUGCAGAUGUCCGCCUGAAGCCGAGUUGCCAGGAUUUGACAGGAGAAACUUUACAGCGUAUGAUCUCCUGUUUCAUCCGAAGGAGCUGGCGAGGCAAAUCACACUGCUUGACCACGAAUUCUUCUGUGCCGUAACUUCAGAUGAUAUUCAAAAAAAGAUCGCUAUGGGUACUGGUAGAAGAAAAAACCUGGAUUCUCAGCCGAGAUUGUUGUGCGAGAGGGUAGCGGAUCGCUUUAAUCAGCUGAGCACGUGGGUGGUGGCAAGCAUUUUGACAGAGGAAUCUGUAGAGAAGCGCGCUCAAAUGUUUAUCAAUUUUAUUGAGACUGCAAAGCAAUGCUUGAAGCUCAGGAACUUCAAUGCGGUCAUGGCAAUCGUAGUUGCUGCUCUCGGAAGCUCUUCAAUACGGCGACUGGCCCGCACAAAGCAACUAGUGCCCAAGGAGUUCUUGGAACAGUGUGCCAAGAUUGAAAUGCUAAUGGACACUAAGAAUAACUACAAGAAAUACCGAACCACGUUACGGGCCUCUCCUACUCCAGCCGUGCCAUAUUUCGGUAUCUACAUGAAGGAUCUGACGUUUAUUGCUGAGGGAAACCCAGACUUCUUGAAAGGAGGGCUAGUCAACAUCAGUAAGAGAAGACAGGUCUACAUUGUGAUCAACGAAAUCAGGCAAUUUCAGAAAAAGUCCUACCACUUCCAAGAGGUCGCAGAAGUUCGGGAGUACCUAUUGAGCCAGGAGCUGGUGUCGGAGGGAGACCUUCACUUGGUCUCCUGUCAACUAGAACCGCCCCUAACCAGAAGGCACUCCGAGACGGACAAACCCACUGAGCCUAGCACAGUGCCUAAGCUUACUCGCUCCAACACUCUUAGUCGUGUUGGUGGAAAGACUUGCUUGGUCUUGAAGGAGGCUGCCGCUGUUAACACGGAUUCGAAUUGUUGAGGUGGAUUACUUUCCCCAGUUGAGCUUUAAAUGCCUAGCGUUGCUUAUCCGCGGGUCGAUUGCAUUAUGAGGGUGGCUGUACUGGAAACUCUGUGAAAAUGGUGCGUGAUGAAGGGGACAUUAAACAAAUUUCAAAACCCUCAAGGCUUUGGCAUGAAACUCCUCUAAACGCGUAAGAAAUAAGAAGGAACUUGUGAAUUGGAAAAUUGUGGGAUUAUUUUUUGCUACCAGGUUUGUUCGAAUGCUGACAAUCACUUCUUAAUUAAUCUGGGAGCUCGUCCCCAAUGAAAAUUCAGCAGUGCUGUGAAAGAAAAACAACUGUUUAGGCAGCGUUAUUACAAUAUUGACUGGAAAGGCUCGGUCCUACUAAGAACAGCAACAUUGUCGAAGACUCUACGAAUAGAUGAAUUAUGAAUAGAAAGGUAUAUAAUUAUUUACAUCGUGUACACAUUUGGCAAUUAUGCUGUUUUGUAAAGAGAUGUACAUAGAACCCUAAAUUUAUUAUAAAUAAUCAUUUUGCUACUGCAAAAUGCCAUGUUUGAGUGUUAAUGGAGAAGAAAUUUCUUACUUUUUCAAACAUCUAGAGGAAAAAUAAAACUUCUGAAAUUAGAUAUUUCUAUAAAAUAGAUAUACACGCAGAUGGGGGAUCUGCUUGUAUGCGAUUGUUCA